GAACCACAAACUCGCCAUACGCCAAUAAUUCAUACGCAGCGCUAUCUGAUCGUCUUCUUCAUUCGAUGCCAAGUAUGAUUCUUAUCUACAUUUCUACACUCAAAGACUAUUAGAUGUCAUUCGAAUCGGAUGUAUAAAUCCUAAUCAAGUUCAUCUAUCCGUUCCACUCUUCCGCUAAUUCCAUCUGGAAAUCUGCAGAUUCAGCCAUUCAUUUCCGUUUUCACGAGAUUCAGCCGUUAGAAAACAAUCUAGUGGAAACUUAGGGGUUUUGUACAGAAGAAAAAAAGUAUGUCAGUGGAAAGAUCAAUUGAAGCGUGGGAGGAGGUUCAACGUCAUGGUAUUGAUUUAGCAGAUAGAUUGUCUCAAGGUUUCACAGGGUUAAUUCAAUCACAUAUUAGUCCUCCAUCAUUCAACUGGCCCGGUCCAUUUGAUGUAGAGUUCUCAACGCAGAAAUUUGCAAAGAGUGAUUUUGGACUUGUGACUGAUAAUUCGGCUAUUAAUGGUGUAUCGGCAAUUUUUGAUAUUGGAAACAGGCUAGGGCAAGCUGGGGUAGAUUUUGGAGCUAGUGUGAAUGGUGUAGUUCAGCAGUUUUUUAGAAUGUUGCCUGUUCCGUUUCUAAAUGAUGGGAAUGUCGCGAGUUCGUUGGAGACUGAGAUUCAAAACAAAAGAAAUUACAUGGCUGUAAAUAUGGAGGAAAAUUUAGGAUCAUUGGCUAAGAGGUUUAAAGAUUAUGGGUUUGCGGAAAAUGAUGUGUUUACUUGUGUAUCGACUGAAGAGGAUAUGGCAGAAUGUAAGAAAACUGCUGGAUAUUUUGGAAGAUCACAGGGAUCCAUGAAUAUAACAUCUACAUAUGAUAGUAGAAAUCAUGAUGUGGAAAGCACUUUGCUUGCAAGAGGGGACAUGUGGAGGGUUGAGGCAUCAGUAGGAAGUUCUUCAUCAAGAAAUGCUAGUUCAUCACCCUUUCUUCUUCAGCUUGGUCCAGUACUUCUUGUACGCGACUCAACACUUCUAUUGCCAGUUCAUCUGUCUAAGCAACACUUACUUUGGUAUGGUUAUGAUAGGAAGAAUGGAUUACAUUCCCUGUGUCCGGCUGUCUGGUCUAAGCACCGAAGGUGGUUGUUGAUGUCAAUGAUCUGUCUCAAUCCUUUGGCAUGUUCAUUCAUGGAUUUGCAGUUUCCAAAUGGUCAAGUGACGUAUGUAGCUGGAGAAGGCAUAUCUACAAGUGCAUUUAUACCUUUUUGUGGUGGCCUCCUUCAAGCACAAGGUCAAUAUCCUGGAGAUAUGCGGUUCAGUUUCUCCUGCAAGAAUAAAUGGGGAACACGAAUCACACCGACAGUACAAUUGCCUGACAAAUCAUUUUCCCUGGCUUUUGACCAAGCUUUAGCCUGGAAGAGAUCUGGUCUAAUCGUUAGACCAAAAUUCCAAUUCAGCGUGUGCCCUACUUUUGGUGGAAGCAAUCCUGGGUUGCAAGCAGAACUCAUACAUUCUUUGAAGGAACAAGUCAAUCUCAUAUAUGGCUGUUCAUACAUGGCCCAUCCCUCUGCAUUUGCAUCAUUAUCUCUGGGAAGAUCAAAGUGGAAUGGAAAUGUUGGGAAUUCUGGAGUUGUUAUGAGAAUAGAAACACCACUUCGAAAUGUCGGUUGGCCUUUCAUAUCUGUUCAGCUAAAUAGUGGAAUCGAGUUUUGAUCGUGUAGUAAUCUGCUACAUCACAUUUGUGAAUUGUAUUUUCUUAGUAUUCUUGAGAGACUCGUUCUUUUUUUAGGUAGCGAUGUUCUCUUGCACGUCAUGAACAUUUAGUUACGGGGUGUUGAUAUAUUAAUAUAACGUGCAUUUUUUUUCUACAAACGUGA